AUGACCUCCAUCAACAACUAUUUCCUCCGUGGCCUAUUCAACGAAGAUUCACCCACAACAAUGAGCCAAAAUAUUCAACAGACAAACUUCAAGGCCUUGCUCCCAUCCAUAAUUAAAGGUCAUCUUGAUUAUACUAAGGAGUAUAAUAUUCCCAAAGACAUUAUGGAUAGACUAGAAGAGUGCCUUACCUACAACGUCAGUGGUGGAAAACUUAACCGUGGCCUUUCCGUACCCGACACUGGUCGAUAUCUAAUCGGUCGACUGUUAAAUGAAGAUGAAUUUAGAGCUCUAGCCACUCUAGGUUGGUUAACAGAGCUGCUUCAAGCAUUUUUGUUAGUUCAUGAUGAUAUCAUGGACAAGUCCCUCACCCGGCGCGGCCAAGCAUGCUGGUACCGUCGCUCAGAUAUAGGCUUGGCAGCUGUCAAUGAUGCUGUGAUACUUGAAUCUUUGAUAUACGUGACUUUAAAGUCUGAAUUCAGGGAGCAUCCAUCGUAUAUCCAGCUAAUGGAGCUUUUCCAUGAGGCCGCACUUCAAACCGAACUAGGACAAUUAUGCGACAUGAUGACUGCUCUUGAUGAUAAUGUGGACUUGAGUCGUUUUUCAAUCGAGAGAUAUAGCUUGAUUGUGAGACAUAAGACCUCUUACUAUAGCUUUUAUCUACCGGUUACCCUAGCUUUACACUGGCUGGAACUUGCUACACCACGGAAUUUGGAUCAAGUUUAUAAGAUCAUGAUGCCGAUGGGAGAAUAUUUCCAGGCUCAAGAUGACUAUCUUGAUGUGUUUGGUGACUCUACAGUGACUGGAAAAGUCGGCACUGAUAUCCAGGAUAACAAAUGUUCCUGGGUUAUCAAUGAAGCAUUGAUACGGUGCACACCAUGCCAGCGCCGGAUUCUUGACGAGUCUUACGGUCGGAAGGGUAAAAUAUACGAAGACCGGGUUUACACAGUGUUUUGUGAGCUUGGUAUGAAGAAGAUUUAUCAGGAGUUUGAAGAGCAGCGUAUCCAAGAGCUAAGGCAAAUGAUUAGCUUGAUCGAUGAGUCAGAGGGGCUUCGAAAGGAUGUUUUUACUACAUUUCUCUCAAAGAUUUCUAAUCGUUCAAGUUAA